AUGGCGGACACCGAGGAAUGGGGAAAGCCUGUGGAGAGGAAAGGGAGGCUAACUGUAGUCCUGGUGCUGGCAACACUCAUAGCUGCCUUUGGUUCGUCCUUCCAGUACGGCUAUAAUGUCUCUGUGGUCAACUCUCCAUCGCAGUUCAUGCAGCAGUUUUAUAAUACAACCUACAUGGAGCGUUACCACAGCCCGAUGGAGGAGAACGUCCUGACUCUGCUCUGGUCUCUCUCCGUGUCCAUGUUCCCUCUCGGGGGCUUCUUCGGCUCUCUGAUGGUGGCCCCUCUGGCCAACAAACUUGGGAGGAAGGGCACCCUCCUCUUCAACAACAUCUUCUCCAUCGUCCCUGCUAUAAUGAUGGGAGUCAGUGAGAUCGCCAAGUCCUACGAGAUCAUCAUUGUGGCCAGGUUUAUAGUAGGCAUCUGUGCAGGUCUCUCUUCCAAUGUGGUGCCCAUGUAUCUGGGUGAGAUCGCUCCCAAAAACCUGAGGGGAGCUCUCGGCAUUGUUCCGCAACUCUUCAUCACUGUUGGGAUCCUCUGCGCCCAAGUGCUGGGCAUUAGAAACAUACUGGGAAACAGCACAGGCUGGACCCUCAUGCUUGGCCUUACUAGUAUUCCUGCCGCGAUUCAGCUCCUGCUGCUCCCCUUCUUCCCUGAGAGCCCCAGGUACAUGCUCAUCCAGAAUGGAGACGAGAAGAAAGCAACGAAAGCACUGCAGCGCCUGCGUGGGUGGGAUGACGUGGAUAGCGAGCUGUUGGAGAUGCGUCAGGAGGACCAGUCCGAGAAGGUCGAAGGUCACUUGAGUGUGUUCUCCCUGCUGUCCCAGCGCUCUCUUCGCUGGCAGCUGAUCUCCAUAGUCGUCAUGAACAUGGGCCAGCAGCUGUCGGGUGUCAAUGCGAUCUACUACUAUGCAGACAGCAUAUACGGCUCUGCAGGAGUCAGGGAGAGUGACAUCCAGUAUGUCACAGUGGGAACGGGAGCAGUGAAUGUCUUUAUGACCAUAACUGCUGUGUUCAUCGUGGAAGCCUCAGGUCGCCGCCUGCUCCUCCUCUGUGGUUUUGGGAUCUGCUGCGGAGCCUGUGUGCUGCUCACUGUCGCACUCAACUUGCAGGAGACUGUGACAUGGAUGCCCUAUGUCAGCAUCGCCUCUGUCAUCAUCUACGUCAUCGGACAUGCCAUAGGACCGAGUCCCAUUCCUUAUGUGGUGGCCACUGAGAUGUUCCGGCAAACAGCCAGGCCUGCGGCGUUCAUGGUGGCCGGCUCCGUCCACUGGCUCUCCAACUUCAUUGUUGGCCUUGUCUUCCCCUUCCUCGAGCGAGGCCUGGGCCCCUACAGCUUCAUCAUUUUUGCCGUCAUCUGUCUGGUCACCCUGAUCUACAUCUGGCUGGUGGUGCCCGAAACAAAGAAGAAGACCUUCCUGGAGGUCUUCCAGAUGUUUGCAAAGAGGAACAAAGUGGAGUUAAAUCUGGGUGACGGCGAUCUGCCACCAAAAGACCUCAAAGAGAGCCCACAGGAUGCACAGAAGGCCACGCCCUUCUGA